AAAAAUACUCACCACUCGCGUUUUGAGGUUAAGUUGUUGGAUGUCUUUGGGUGUUUUGCUGAUAAAAUUUUGCAAAUUUCUUCGCGUUGCGUCAGUGUUUUCGUUGGAAAAAGUGUUCAGAGCGUGAGACAAGAUGCCCCUGUCGUCGGACAACCUGAACAUGUCGUCGAUCAAGGAGCAGCAGAAUGAAUUGAACGAAUGGAUUCGAUUUGGACUGCGAUUGGGACUGCAGAGUGCCCUUCAUCCCUUUGAAUAUGCCAAAGUUCUCAUUCAGAUUGGCUAUGAACCUGUGCCACCGCGGCAAGUCAGGAGUAUUUUGGGCUAUGACACUAUGGUCUUGCCCAAUAUCUUCAAAUACGUGAAGUACAUCAGGAGUGUCGAUGGGUACAGUGGAUGCUUUGUGGGACUGAUGCCGAGGCUGCUGGGAACAAUUGUGAGCUCCGUUGGAAGUGAGAGAAUUGCCCGGCAUUUUGGGCUGGGGGAGGUCAAGGAGAAUUCUGAGGAUGAAGAAGUGGCUAGGUAUGACAGUGAUCAUAAUGAUGAGGACGACGGCCUAUCUGCAGACAGAGAGAGGAGGGCAUUUCAGAGGAAAUUGAAGCGCGACAUUGUUAUUCACACGUCCACUAUCUUGAUUGCGCAACCAUUCCAGGUGAUAUCAAUACGAAUGAUGGCCCAAUUUGUUGGUCGGGAAACCGUGUAUUCGGGCAUCUGGGCAGCUGUCAAGGAAAUCUACAAGGAACAUGGGAUGCUGGGCUUUUUCUCUGGACUUGUUCCGAGGCUCAUUGGUGAUAUUUCCUGCUUGGUUCUGGCCAGCACAACAGCCUACUUUGUCAACAAACACUUUAUCACGGACAAGGAUUCUCGCAAUAUCUUCCCUGUCUUCACCAGUUACCUCUUCAGUACCAUCUUCUAUCCCUUCCAAGUGGUAUCUGUUUGCAUGUCCGUGAGCGGAUCCAAUCUCACAGCCGGACGGCCCCCAUACAUGCCGGUCUACAGCAACUGGCGCGAAUGCUGGAAGCACCUCAAUUGCACUGGAGAACUCAAGAGGGGCAAUUCCCUCUUCUGGCGCUACUACCGCACGCCCGAAGUCAUCAACAAGAACUUCCCGAUGACAUUUGCCCCACUGCCAACGGUCACCAAAUACAAAUAGAAUCCACGCCUGCUUUUAAUUCCACAAUCCGCAGCAUGAAUUUUCAACGAGAACUCCUCCCAUUUGCGUUUUGGAGAAGUCAAAGUGUGGAAUAAAGUUUUCUUUUUCAGUAACCAAAA